GUUGGCCGCCGCGGCCGAAGAUGGCGCCGUCGCAACAGAGGCACAUUGGCGCAGAUGACUUGUUUGGCAAGGUCCCACUCUUCCCCCUGGAGAGCAGCCGCGCAGCUACGGAGCUCGCCGAACAGCUCCGAGGCCUGGGCGUGACGGCUACGCCAGGAGCCAUUGGCAUCAUCAACUGCAGGUACACCACCUCCCGAAUGGCUCCUGCUGAACAGGAGGUUCCCUGCUCACCCAGCCGGCAGCUCGCAGCUGCAGAAGAGGAAGCCCAAGAUGAGCUCCAGGAGGAUGCUUCAAGUGACCCUGCAAGCGCACUGAUGACGGCAGCGAUGCAUGCCUACGACCAUGGCUACGGCAAGUGGGAAGCCUACGAUGUGGAAGCAGCACUUCUCGAAGUUGAUGGCGUAGCACCUCGGAAGGCCAGGAAGCGCAAGCAAGGGCAUCAGCCGGCUUCCCGCACCAUUCGGGCAAAGCCCAGCAAGGAAUUGGAGAUGCAGGAGGAGGCUUUUCAAGACGACUUCAACUGCUCAAGAGUUGGUGAAGUGCUGGAGGCAGUGGCCGCUGCUGGAAGAUGUUCUCAACUCCAGCUCUACAUCCACGACGCCAUGCUCACCCACCUGCCCGAAGGUGUUACUCCGGGUGUCAUGACCCUGGAGGUGCUUCUCGGGGAUGCGGUGGUCGCUAGCUUCAGUUCGGGGAAUCAUGUUGGUAGACCUGGUCUCUUGGACCUUCAGUUCCGUGAGAAGAAGGAGCUGUCGGUGAACCUGCCGAGACAGAGUCGCCUGGCACUGCGGCUAGUGCAGCGCCACGGGGCGGACCGCUGCGUCCUGGGCUCUGCGAUCAUCGACCUCCAGGUCCGGGAGUGGUUGGCACUGGCCAACGCCCAGAAUGUAGCUGCACAUCAAGCGAAGGGAGAGGACGUCGAGUUGCUCGACUGA